AUGCGAUUGAUGCAGAUCAUCCGGACGGGAUCUUCGGGUGGAGGGCUUAUUGCCCAAUCCGUCACAACGGCCAACUGUUGGCUCGGCGAAUCAAGGAGCAUCCCUUCAUCCCUUCCAUGGGUCGAUCGUCCAAGAGAGGUGUCUUUGCGGCAGUUGGCUAUUGUACCCAUCCUCAAUGCCACCUUGCUUGAUCCUGCACAUGACGUGAAGUUCACUUGGGCGCUUCUUGCUGUGAUUAUUGGACUCAUCACACCCGUAAGCGCCAUCCGCGACAUCACCAACAGUAUCACCAACGGCAUCACCAACGGCAUCACCAACGAGGCGCAGAUAUUGGUCACGUAG